AAUUAAAUAAAAAUACGGUAACGUCACAAACCACAAUCAAACCAUAAAUAGAAAUGGAAAACGAAAUGCAUUUCUUGCUGACGUCAGCGGAGCAUCCAGAUCUUACCGCCGAAGGAAGCUUUCGUCCUCACUCCUCACCGAUUCUAUCACUCAUCAGUGAACAUUUCAUUCCACACAACAGUGUAGCAAAUCAUUUUGGUUGCAACUCAGAGCCUCAGAGUCUCAAAUCCAGAGAGGAACAGAGUAAGAUUGUUUGGUGAGAUCAUUUACUGUGUGCUUGAAAGUAAGAGCAGAAGAAGAUCUAGAAUCAUAAAUGAAGGAAUAGAUUGAAUCAAAAACAGAGAACCAUGAGAGGUCCUCUUCUCAUUCUUAUCAUGCUAUUGUCAUUGGUCCUAUCUUCUGAUGUAUCAAGAGGAAACCCAGGAAUCUACAGUCCUGUUGAUGGUGAUGGUAACCGGAGAAUUCUGCAUCAGCCGUUGUUUCCAGUGGAUACGACACCACCUCCACCGGUGGAUGAGACCCCUCCGCCAAGUCCGGUUUUCCCAGGCCCAGACGAGCCGUUCUUCCCUGAAGUCCCCACAGGAACAGGGCAAAGCCCCUUACAAACCCAGACUACUCCUCCAGCUCCUUCUGCCAAUGUCUCUUCCUCGGUAGCUCCAGCGACGGCGGCUCAGCCCAGUAGCCCGACCAAGAAAGUCGCAAUUGCAAUCUCCGUGGGGAUUGUGACAAUGGGUAUGCUCUCAGCAUUUGCCUUCUUCUUGUACCGACACCGGAUGAGACACCCACCUGAAUCUCAGAAGCUCGUUGGUGGUGGUGGUGGUGAGAACAACUCUCAGCGAUUCUCGCAGGAACCAACAGGGCCUAACUCUGACUUGCUCUAUCUGGGAACAAUGGAGCCUUCGGAUCGAAGAGGGGGCAGCGCAGGCGCUGGCGAGGAGGCAAAUGGGGUAGUUGAUUCCCCUUACCAGAAGCUCAGCCCCAUCCGAAUGUCAGAGCUUCACCGUCCGAGCCCUGAACUUCGGCCCUUACCGCCACUGAGCAGGGCUCCAACACUCAGAACGUCUCCCCCUACUCCUCCUCCUCCUCCUCCUCCUCCAGCCAUGUCGUCUGACGAGGAAACAUUCUACUACACACCUCAGGGUUCAACGGCUGGGAAUGGCCAUGGUAGUAUUACUGAGAGCCCUUGGGUAACUGCCCCGCGUCAGGUUUGGCCAAAGAUCAGUUCCCAUGUGAGCUCUGCUACCAAAAGUCCAAGCUUUGGUACUAGUUCUACUUCUUCUACUUCUACGCCUCACUCUCGAAGGUCUUCUCCCAAAUCGCGUCUUUCUAUUUCUUCUUCUCCCGACCUGAAGCGUCCCAUUGCGUCAUCAAUAUCAAUGCCACCACCACCGCCGCCUCCUCCUCCUCCUCCUCCCCCUCCCCCUCCUCCACCGCCGCCACCACCACCACCACCAUCACAACAGCUACGAGCUCAAAAUAAUCAGCCCAAAACACCAUCACCUCUCAAGGGCAUUAGGAAAGUUCCAUCACCCCUUUCCCUGUCACCAAAUUUGAUUCAUUCUCCGGCAAUAAAUGAUCCAUCCCCACAAGCAUCUAAGACUCCGGUCCCACCUCCACCACCCCCAGCAAUGUCAGUGAAAAUACUGCCUUCAGAAAUAUAUGCCCAGGUGACGCCGGUUCGUCCAUCGCCGAAACCCCAACCUCAGAUAUCUAGCCCAAAGGUCACCACCACAUCGAUCGAGAAACCGGCAUCAAUUGCAGAGAUCACUCAGUUUAGUGGCAGUUCUUCCGAGCGACUCAAUGGGGGAGGAGGCGAUACGGAUGGAUCCAACAAGCCCAAGUUGAAGCCCUUGCAUUGGGAUAAAGUACGGGCAACUUCAGAUCGAGCCAUGGUGUGGGAUCAGCUGAAAUCAAGCUCAUUUCACUUAAAUGAGGAUAUGAUAGAGAGUCUUUUUGGAUGCAAUAAUACGAAUACGAUUCAUAAAGAAGCAACCAGAAAAUCAGUUCUCCCUCCCGUGGAACGAGAGAACAGAGUACUGGACCCUAAGAAGUCACAGAACAUUGCUAUACUUUUAAGAGCAUUAAACGUAACACGAGAUGAAGUGUCCGAAGCACUUCUAGAUGGUAAUCCUGAAGCUUUGGGUGCUGAGCUUUUGGAAUCUCUGGUGAAGAUGGCUCCGACCAAAGAAGAAGAACUAAAGCUAAGAGACUAUAGUGGUGACAUAUCAAAACUAGGCUCUGCAGAGCGAUUUCUGAAGGCAGUGCUUGAUAUACCAUUUGCCUUUAAAAGAGUUGAUGCAAUGUUAUACAGGGCCAAUUUUGAGACAGAGGUGAAAUACCUGAGGAAGUCUUAUGAAACACUAGAGGCAGCAUGUGAAGAGUUGAAGAAUAGUCGGCUAUUCCUCAAACUCCUACAAGCUGUACUCAGAACGGGGAACAGAAUGAAUGUUGGCACCAACCGUGGUGAUGCAAGAGCUUUCAAGCUCGAUUCACUCUUAAAACUAGUAGAUGUCAAAGGAACUGAUGGGAAGACAACUUUGCUCCAUUUUGUGGUCCAAGAGAUUAUUAGAUCUGAGGGUACAGAUUCUGAUCCUCCACUUGAGAAUCUUCCUGACAAAACACAUCCAAAAGUGGCGGAGGAUUUCAAGAAGCAAGGAUUGCAGGUCGUCGCCGGACUGGGAAGAGAACUUGAGAAUGUCAAAAAAGCGGCAGGAAUGGACUCAGAUGUUUUAAGCAGUUAUUUAUCAAAACUUGAAAUGGGGCUCGAUAAAGUCAGGUUGGUUCUACAAUACGAGAAGUCAAAUACACAGGGAAAGUUCUUUGAGGCCAUGACGUGGUUUCUUAAUGAUGCUGAAGAGGAGAUCCUUAGGGUCAAGGCUGAUGAAAGAAAAUCUCUAUGCCUUGUAAAAGAGGUCACAGAAUAUUUUCAUGGAGAUGCAGCAAAGGAGGAGGCCCAUCCUUUCAGAAUCUUUGUAAUUGUAAGAGAUUUCCUCUCAGUGUUGGAUCAGGUAUGCAAGGAAGUGGGGAAAAUACAUGAAAGAACAAUUGUGGGUUCUUCCAGAUCCUUCCGAAUGUCUGCAAAUGUUUCAUUGCCAGUCCUUAACAGAUUUAAUGCAAGACAGGAGCAUGGAAGUUCAGAUGACGAAAGCUUAUCUCCAUAAGAUUAUGUGGAGAUGGUGCACCUCUAUUUCUUUGGAAUCCAGCCAUUGUUUAAUAGCUAAUGGUCCACACCUAUUAUAUGUUAUUAGGAGCUAGCUAUUAUUUUCUUUGAUCAAUCUACUUUUGGCUUCCCCAUAAAAGAAAGAGUCCUCCAUAUUUUCAUGGAGAUGCAGUGGAGGAGGAUAUGAUUCUUUUGAGUUCUUUAUAAUUUUCAGGGAUUUUCUCUUGAUAUUGGGUUGGGUAUGCUAGACAGAGCUAAGAUGCAGGAGUGAAUGAUGGCGGAUUCUAUUAGAUCCAUCCACAGAUAUGCAAGAUUCAAUAGAAGACAGGUUGGAAGUUCAUAUGAGAAUAAUUCUAGCAUGGAGUUGUUGCACUUGAAUUUCAUCAGAAGUUAUGCAAUUAAGUGAUAUUCCACUGUACCAAAGACCAUGGGCAUUUGUUUUCUGGGGAAUCCAAAGGAAUAGCUCUGAUGGGAAUUUGAACUGUUUGAGAUCACCUUUCCAGAUGGAAGAUAUAGACUCUCAACUCAAAAGGAUUGCUUCCAGAAAGAGUAAAGAAAAGGAAUUGAGAAAUGCAAAGGUGCUGAUAAGAAGUGAAGGUUGGAAAGGUCAUGAGCAAUAAAAACACCUCAAGGUUUUUGAUACCUCAAACCUCAAGUUCAUGGGGAACAUCUGAGAAGAAUAAAUCAUACAUUGUAGGUGAAUGGUUCUGUAAUAUAUCGAUCCACACAUCAUACUCCAAAUUUUUCAUAGUUCAAAUAAUCUUCCAAUACUGUAAUCUUUUGACCCAAACUUCUGUAAGGAAACAAAAUUCUCUUUUA